GUGUGGGAGUUGACUUAUGUUGAGCGAAGUUAUUGUUUGGAACACGCGAUGUAUUAAAUAAUACAAUAUAUGUGUGAGUGAUUUAAUAUUUUGUGUUUUCUGUGUAGUGUUUAUGAGUGAACUUAUUUGAGUGUAACGGACAAUUUUCAACUGAUAAGAACAAUAGCUGGAAAUCAUCCACGAUGGGCCACCACAUACGAAGAACGAGGCGUAGGUGUUGCAGGUGAACAAGCCUAGCAAUGACGCGGUGGGCGCACGCGGUGUUGACGGCAUUGCUGCUGUCAGCCGCCCGCGCCUACCUCAUCCUUAUUCCCGAUACAGCUCCACCAGGCCACACCGUCAUAGAUGCCGCUGUCUACAAACUUGGCUCCGAACGAACGUACACCAUCGAUGUCCACCGCACCGCUAACUUCGUCCAUCACAUCCUACGAGUCAACCGGACAACUGGACUCGUUACCCUUCGCAAGCGGUUAAGAUGUGACGGCGUACUUUACCCCAACCUCUUCACAUUCUACGUCGACUCUACCUCCGAACGCAUCAGAGAUAUAGACUACUAUAGCUUGCCAAUUAGAAUCUUAAUAGUAGGCGACGACUGCAGCAGGAGACGCGCUGACUUGUAUGACAUUGAUUUCGAUCGAGUCUACGAUCAGGAUGACUCUGCGAUGCAGUAUGAAGACGAGCACAUUAGAGAUAAAAGAGAAGUAAUAUAUCACGAGAGUAUAGACUGGAGAUUAUUAGAAGAAAAUGAAUUGGGCUCUAGUCAAAUUAGUGUUCUGUCCACCGCCGAUCCCUGGUCUAGCAAUAUGUUUGAAGAUUACGUUGCUAGAAAUAGAAGUAGGCGAAAACGAUCUCUAUUAGUACCCUUUGAUAUGUCUGUAGAUAUUAAGAUUGCGGAGGCUAAGCAGUGGAUAUCAGAGACGUAUGCGAGCUUCUCAAUACCGACCACGGAUAGAUGGCAAGGGAUAUGCUUGAAGAAGUCACAGUUUGUGAAUUCCUUGACGGCAUUUUUGCCACGGACGGUUCAAAAAAUGUGUAAAGUGCAAUUUUUAGAUGUUAGUGAUCCAAGAUUUGUUAUAGAGAGUAGCCAAGGAGAUUUGGUUGCAAGUAAUGAUGUGUGUAUCCAAGAACCGAUGUGGAAAGUCUCUGUAUUAUUUACAUUCAAUUGUGAUCGAACAAAUAUUAUUGACUCUGACCAUCGACUGAAAAUUGUGUAUCACCACCAGGAGCUAAAUGAUACAGAUAUAGCGAGAAGAGUCAAAAGGGAAUUGAGGAAUCAAUCUCCUUACUUCGAGCAGGCAUUAUAUGUAGCAUCAGUGGCUGAAGAACAGCCACCUGGUGUUAUUGUUACAACUGUGAGAGCCCGCGAUCCAGAAAACAGUCCAGUCACGUACUCCAUGUCAAGCCUGCUGGAUUCGCGUUCAGCGGGCAUGUUCGCAGUGGACACCCGAACUGGGGUGGUCACCACGCAAGCCAGGCUAGAUAGGGAGAGGCUAGACGUGCACUACUUUAGAGUGGUGGCGCAGGACGAUACGUUCCCACCGAGGAGUGGUACUACCACUUUACAGAUUAACGUAUUGGAUUGCAACGACCACUCGCCAGUGUUUGAAAUGCAGCAAUAUGAAGCAUCCGUGAGAGAAGGGGCCAGUCCUGGAACUACUGUCCUUACCUUGAAAGCUACCGACCAAGAUAUCGGCAAAAACUCAGAGGUGGAAUACUCAAUAGAUUCCGUAACAGCCGACAUUUUGAACCCCGAAGACAAUGAUUCCAUAGAUACAAAAGAAAUAGACGCUCAAGACAUAUUCCGAGUAGAUGGUCGAAGUGGCGCCUUACUAACCAGAGCAUCUUUGGAUAGAGAAAAAGUUUCUAGAUAUACUGUGGUUGUUAAAGCCACGGAUCAGGCUAGCCCAGUGGCUGAUAGGUUAUCUAGCAGUGCAACAAUCCACGUGAAUAUUUUAGACGACAAUGACAACUACCCACAGUUUAGCGAAAAAACAUACACCGUCACUGUGGAUGAAGACAUCAGUGUCGCUGACAACCCUAUUGUUGCGAGAAUCAAAGCAAAAGACUACGACAUAGGCGCGAACGCAGCUAUCCGCUAUGCCAUUAUUGGCGGGAACACACAAAUGCAGUUCUCUAUAGACAGUCUGAGUGGGGAUGUGUCGCUUGUCAAACCCCUUGACUACGAACAAGUCAGGAGCUACCGACUCGUGAUUAGAGCUCAAGACGGUGGAAGUCCCUCCAGGUCGAACACUACACAGCUUCUCGUCAAUGUUAAGGAUGUGAACGAUAACUCGCCGAGAUUCUAUACUUCGCUUUUCCAGGAGUCAGUUAGCGAGAGUGUGCCUGUUGGUUAUAGUAUUGUUAGGGUACAAGCCUACGACGCGGAUGAGGGUGUGAACGCCGAACUAACAUACAACUUGAGCGAUAAGGAAUAUAACGGUAACACUGAGCUGCCGAUCACUAUCGACCCGAGAUCCGGGUGGGUUUACACCUCGGGGACUUUGGAUAGAGAAGUGCAGUCUAAAUAUCAGCUACAAGUAACAGCAACAGACAACGGCACACCACCUCGAUCAGCUACAGCAUCCGUAGUAGUGGUCGUACAAGAUGUCAAUGAUAAUGACCCAGUAUUUGCGCCCGCACAGUAUGAUGUGGAACUUGCUGAAGAUGAACCGCCUGGCACUCCGGUGGUUACUGUAACUGCUACUGAUGCUGAUGAGGAUAAUCGGUUACAUUACGAGAUAACAGGCGGCAAUACGCGCGGCCGUUUCUCCAUAACAUCACAAAAUGGCCGCGGUCUCAUCACAGUGGCUCAACCACUUGACUUCAAACAGGAAAGGCGAUAUGUCCUUACAGUCACUGCUACUGAUUCUGGAGGAAGAUCCGAUACAGCCAUGGUUCAUAUUAAUAUAACUGAUGCUAAUAAUUACGCGCCUGUUUUUGAAAACGCUCCGUAUACCGCUUCAGUAUUUGAAGAUGCUCCAGUAGGUACAACAGUUCUUGUAGUGUCAGCAACAGACAGUGAUGUGGGAGUAAAUGCCCAAAUAACAUAUACAUUAACUUCAGAAAUAUCUAACGAAGCUGUAGCGCAUCAUGAACAGGAAUUCCUUAUAAAUCCACAAACUGGUGCUAUUACUACUAAUAAAUUGCUGGAUAGAGAAACUAUGAGUGGAUAUUUACUAACGGUAACAGCAAGAGAUGGUGGAGUACCGGCAUUAUCUGAUACUACUGAUGUGGAAAUUUCUGUUGUUGAUGUUAAUGACAAUGAGCCUGUGUUUAAACAACAGCUGUAUACAGCCACUAUAAUGGAAGAUGCUUUAGUUGGUACCUCAGUAACUCAAGUGGCUGCAACAGACGCGGACGUAGGUCUCAACGGUCGGGUGCACUAUGAACUAGAUCCAAAAGAUCGGGAAGAAGGAUCAUUUGUUAUAGAUCCAGCGUCUGGAGUUAUUAGAACUAAUAAGGCAUUGGAUCGCGAAUCGGUAGCGACUUAUGAUUUGAAAGCGCUGGCUGUUGAUGGAGGUUCACCUCCGCAGAGUUCUACUGUAAUAGUCCACAUAAAAAUCGAGGACAUAAACGAUUCUCCGCCAGUAUUUUCAAGCGAUUGUCUCACAUUCUACAUCCCAGAGAACAGUCCGAUCGGCACCACUGUGGGAGAGAUAUAUGCUAAUGAUCCGGAUGAAGGCGCUAAUGCUGUUGUGCAUUAUUCUAUUAAAGGCGGAGACGAUUCAAACAGCUUCUCUCUUGAAACACGGCAAGGUUCAGACAAAGCAGAACUAGUGACAAUGGUAGAUUUGGACUAUGAGAGUCCUCGGAAGAAAUACGAACUCGUGAUUCGAGCAGCAAGUCCGCCAUUGUGGAAUGACGUCAGAAUAGAAAUAAUGGUCACAGAUGUGAAUGAUAAUGCGCCCAUGAUGAAGGAUUUCCAAGUGAUCUUCAAUAAUUAUAAGGAUUGCUUUCCUGUGGGACCGUUUGGACGCGUUCCGGCUUAUGAUGCUGAUGUUUCGGAUAAGCUACAAUAUCGCAUAUUAUCAGGAAAUAACGCGAAUCUGGUUCUAUUGAACGAAACUUCCGGUUCGAUGACGCUCUCACCACAGCUGAAUACUAAUGUACAGAAAUUGGCUACUAUGGAAAUCUCGGUCACAGAUGGAGUAAACGAAGUGAAAGCAAUGAUGCAACUGCUAGUCCGACUCAUAACAGAAGACAUGUUGUUUAACUCCAUCACAGUGCGUUUAAACGACAUGACGGCUGAGAGAUUCCUGUCUCCACUACUGGGCUUCUUUAUAGAUGGACUUGCAGCUAUUAUACCUUGUCCUAAGGAGAAUAUUUAUAUAUUUAGUAUACAGGACGACACAGACGUAUCCGGCAACAUUCUGAACGUAUCCUUCUCAGCGCGUCGUAGUGCGGGUGAAUCGGAAAAAGAUCCCUUCUACUCGCCUACGCACUUGCGCGAGCGAGUUUACUUGCACCGCACUACACUAGCUAGACUUGCUACUGUACAGGUACUUCCAUUCGAUGACAACGUAUGUGUCCACGAACCUUGCCUCAACUUCCAAGAGUGUCUCACUGUACUCAAGUUUGGAAACGCUUCUGGCUUUAUAAACAGCGAUUCAGUUUUAUUCAGACCUAUUUAUCCUGUGACGACAUUCACUUGUCAGUGCCCUAAAGGAUUUACAGGUUCCCGGGAACACUACAUGUGCGACACUGAAGUAGAUCUAUGCUAUUCAUCUCCAUGCGUGAACAACGGGACUUGUAUCAGACGAGAGGGAGGAUAUACUUGCGUCUGCCCUGCUGGAUUUACAGGCGAGAACUGCGAGACGAUCUUAACAAAAGCUACUUGCGAUCUCAACGACGGGUCACUUUGCCGUAGUGGGUCACAAUGCGUGGCUCGGCGUGAAGGCGGUAUCUUGUGCCAGGGCUGCUCUAUUGAUGAGCUUUAUACUACGCCCAUGUGUGAGCUUAGUGCUAGGAGCUUCCCGCCAACUUCAUUCUUGACAUUCCCGGGCAUUAAAAAGCGGCAUCGGUUCCAUUUGAAGUUGAGAUUCGCAACCCAAUCCACGUCCGGUCUCCUCUUGUACAACGGGCGAUACAACGAGCGGCACGACUUCAUCGCGCUAGAAGUAGUAUCGAGUGUGGGUCGCGGGGGAACCGGGCUGCGGUUCAGUUUCGCGUUAGGAGGAGCAAGGGCAGAGGUCACUGUGGAGGGGAACGUGGCUGAUGGAGAAUGGCAUAGUGUGCAAGUGGAUUAUUAUAACCGGACAGCAACAAUGAUCCUAGAUGAUUGUGAUAAAGCGUUAUCAUUGGCUGGAGCAGCGGAAUUCGGUGUCAAGUAUGCAUGCGCAAACUUUACUAGAAAAAUAUUGCCACCUCGCUGCGAUAUUCCUACCGAAACUUGCCACAGGUUCCUGGACCUCACUGGCCCGCUUCAGAUCGGCGGCUUGCCGAACAUACCGUCCAGUUUCCAAGUCAAGAAUAAGGAUUUUGUUGGAUGCAUCGCGGACCUGUAUAUUGACCACAAGUUUAUCGAUCUAAACAGCUACGUAGCAGACAACGGCACGGUAGCGGGCUGCCCGCAGAAGCGCUCGCAGUGCAGCAGCGCGCCGUGCUACAACGGCGCCGCGUGCCGCGACCUGUGGGACACGUUCCUGUGCGACUGUGCUGAGGGCUACACGGGCAAGGACUGCGCCGAGUCCACCGCACCACCUUGGCGGUUCAGCGGCGACGGUUCCCUCUCAUUCAACCCGCUGCUCCGCCCCAUACAACUGCCGUGGCUCAACGCGCUGUCCGUGCGCACGCGGCAACGAGACGCCUUCCUUAUGUCCGUGCAAGUUGGACAGAACAGCUCUGUGUUGCUCACUCUAAAAUCCGGACUUCUCCACUACGCCUACAAUGGAGAAACCAUGUUCCUACCAUCCACCACGUUAGCUGAUGGCGAAUGGCAUCGCAUAGAAAUCAAAUGGCUCGGUACUGAUAUAUCAGUUACCAUCGACUAUGGACUCAGAAACGCGUUGCUGCCGAUGCUUGCCAAUAAGAUACAAGGACAGUAUAUUGGCAAGAUACUCAUCGGUGGACCAGAUACUACAGCUGGGAUUUUGUCAUCGGAUGUGGGAUAUUUUGAAGGAUGUAUUCAGGAUGUUCGUGUGGGCACAGCACAGUCAUUGCUGAAUAGACCAACAGUGAGAGAAAAUGUCAGAGACGGUUGUCAAUCUAGAUCAGAUUGCAUGCUGUCUAUAUGUCCACCUUAUAGCAAAUGCAUAUCCACCUGGGACAGCACAGAAUGCGAGUGCGAGCGCGGCCGCGUGGGCCCGCAGUGCGUCGCCGCGUGCGAGCUGCGCCCGUGCGGCGACCACGCCACUUGCGUGCCUGAUGAUUCACCGCGUGGGUACACGUGUAGCUGCCAUGUAGGGUAUACUAUGAGCGAGGGUGAAUGUAUAGAAGAGCACACGCAAGCGCAGUGCCCGGGUGGGUGGUGGGGCGCGCGCACUUGCGGUCCGUGCGACUGCGACGCUGCGCGCGGCUUGCAUCCGUACUGCGCGCAGGACACUGGCCUCUGCCAUUGCAAGGACAACCACUACCGGCCCGAAGGCUCGUCCGCGUGCAUCCCGUGCCAGUGCUACGCAGCGGGCUCAGCGAACAGCUCGUGCGGCGCGCGCGGGCAGUGCGCGUGCCGCCGCGGGGUCAUCGGCCGCGCGUGCGACUCGUGCGAUAAUGUGUACGCGGAGGUCACGCCCAAUGCGGGCUGUAUGGUUGUGUAUGAUGGAUGCCCAAAAUCCUUUGCGGCUGGAGUAUGGUGGCCACGAACUAAAUUUGGGAUAGAAGCCAUCACAGACUGUCCACCAGGGUCCAGUGGAAAAGCAACAAGAAUGUGCGAUGAAAGCCAAGUAAUACCAUGGCAAGAACCAGAUACGUUUAAUUGUACCACAUCUACGUUCUAUCAGUUACGAAAACAGCUGCACAAAAUAGAGACAGGAGAACUAACAAUGAACACAUUUGUCGGAGUACGUCUAGCUGAAGAUUUAUCUAGUGCGUGUGCAAACACAGAACGCUUGUACGGUGCAGAUAUUCUGGUCACUGAAGGGAUACUACUAGAACUGAUACAGUAUGAGUUGCGACAAGCUGGAUUGAACCUUACUCACAGUCAGGAUAAGGACUAUGUUCGGAAUAUAAUAACAUCAUCGAACACGAUCCUAAACUCGCAAUACCAAAGGGAAUGGCGCCGCAUCAGUGAGCUAACUGGUCGGGGUUCUGAACAUUUAAUGCAACAGUUCGAUAAGUACAUCUCAGUACUUGCUGAGAGUCAGCACGAUACGUAUACUAAUCCGUUUGAAAUCGUUACCAGUGAUAUGGUAAUCGGCGUGGACAUAGUAACAGCGGAAUCCAUAUACGGCUUCGAGCCAACCCAACUAAGCCGUUUCAAUAUCGACUCGUACACAACAGAGCGAGUAGUUCUACCCGACACAUCAUCCUUCAUACACUCUCCCAUACAAACUACUGGAUAUUAUGGAAUUAACAAAUCCAAAAGCAAGAAACCGUCCAGUCCCACCGUUUCGUUCCCAAAGUAUAAUAAUUACGUGAAGAGUAAAAACAAGUUCGAUAAGUAUUCGAGAGUUCUGCUGCCUUUGGAUUUGAUUGGGAUAAAUAAUGUUCAAGAUAACUUAGAGACAAUGUACGAAUCCCGCGCAGUAUUUUCCUACCUCCAAUACUCAAGGAACACAUCACAGUUAAUGCCGUUGCGUAUGGAUGAAUCCGUCAGUAGACGAUGGGGAGUUAAUAUCACCAUAGGGUCUCCUAUUCUACAAGUUUCUUUAUUUGUACCUGAAUACGUUUGGAUAAAAGAGUCCAAGGAAGUAGAGGAUACUUCUGAUAAUAAUGUAGAAGAUAUGGAUGGAAUAACAUAUGUCAACAAAGGUCAUCCACAUCCCACCCAAGUUAACAAUCAUAAUAGCAAUAGCAACAAAAAUCCUUGGGGAUCUACUGAUGAAAAUGGCAAUCAAGACAACCACGGCCCAGUAGUUAUUCAACCAGCUUUCAAAAAACAAGAAAAAUCGUCCUACACAGACGAUAAUUUGCAAGAAAACGAAUCCACAUUUAUGGCAGAGAAACUAGAAAGCCAACCUCAAGCAAUGGCGUUAACUAUAGAUCAAAAUGAUGUUAAAAACAAAGAUAGCAAUAUAACCAAAGAUACCGAUAAAAAGUUAGUGUAUAAAAGUCUGAACGGAAUAAGACUGAAGAAGCCAAUAAGGUUGCAAAUGUGGUUAGAUAUAAAUAGAGAAACGUUCGGCUCGAGAACGAAUCCGCAAUGUGUUCAUUGGUCAACUCUACGAGGGACGGGCGAAUGGUCUCGUGUUGGAUGUCACACAGAGAUAGACUACAACUGGUCUCCAUAUUCUAAUGAUCCGCUUCUUAUCAACUGUACAUGCAACCACCUCUCUACCUUUGCUGUUUUGGUCGACGAAGUUGAUAUAGAGUUCAUUCCAGAACCAUCUCUUCUAGAAUCAGUGACGUCAUACACAGGGUUCAGUAUAUCGCUCCCACUACUGCUUUGCACGUGGGCGGCGUUGUCGCUUAUGCGUGGCGGUGCGGCAACAGUGUCCAACUCUAUACAUAAACAUUUGAUAUUCUGCGUGUUUAUGGCGGAGUUGUUGUACCUUAUAGCGUUAAAAGCAAGGAAUACAUUGGUACAGAACGAGUUCCUCUGCAAGGUAACAGCGAUGUCGCUCCACUACUGGUGGGUGUCCGCGCUGGGCUGGGCCGCGUGCGACGCGUGGCAGGUGCGGCGGCUAGUGCGCGAGGUGCGCGACGUGAACCACGGGCCGCUCGCGCCGCACCUCGCGGCCGCGUAUGCCGCGCCGGCCGUCGCGCUGGCGCUGGCUGCGGCGCACCACCAGCACCAGUAUGGGAACGCGCUCUUUUGCUGGGUGAGCUGUCACGAAGCAGUAGUAUGGUGGGUGGUAGUACCGGCGGGCGCGUACGCGCUGGCCGCCGUCGUACUGCUUGCGGGCGCCACGCGUGCUGCCUUCACUGUACGAGACCAUGUUAUUGGCUUUGGGAAUCUGAGGAUGUUACUCGCCGUGAGCAUAAUCUGCCUGCCCCUCCUGUGUGGUGCGUGGGCAAGUGCGCUGAUCCUGGGCAGCGAGGCGGGCGGGCGGCGCGCGGCGCUGAGCUCGCUGCUGGCGGCCGCCGUCGCGCUGCACGCCGCGGCCGCCGCGCUCGGGUACAUCGCGUUCAACGUGCGCGUGCGGGACAACCUCAAGCGGUCGGUACUUAGAUGUCUUGGAAAGAAAGUUCCGCUCGCUGAUACUUCAGUUAUCAUCAGCACUAGUGCACAAAAUCUAUCACAUACAAACCGAUCUUCACUGGCAUACCACAGUGGUACGGAAGCACGGCAACUCCGUAACAUUGGUAUUUCAGCAUCUUCUACAACGUCUCGAUCAACUACGAAGACUAGCUCUAGUCCUUACAGUAGAAGCGAUGGCCAACUGCGCCAUACAAGCACGUCGACUUCAAACUACAACACUAGCGCCAGUGACAUGCCGGCUUACUUGAGAGGCUUUGAUUCAUCUCUGCAUCAUAGCAAGAGGAAAGAUGAUCGUCGCCGCCGUCGCAAGGACGCGGAGCCCACGUCCCACGGCACAGAGAACACGGACAGCGACAGCGAGGCCAGCGCGCGGAGCCUCGAGCUCGCGUCCAGCCACUCGUCGGACGAUGACGAGACCAGCACCAGACGGUCUUCCCACCCGCCCUCUGCUACUAGAGAGCGUGGCAGUAGUGCGGGCAACAGCUUCCUUCCCAACAUCACGGAGGGCGCGCCGCUGGGAACGCCGUCACGGUGGCCACAACAUAUGAGAGAAGGAGAAUCCCGCGACUCGCACAACCCGCACGAGUCCCGUGAGUGGUCGGACUCGCGGUCCCCAGUAGCUCUUCCCGACCCCGACCUCACGUCCGACGUGUUCUUGCGCUCACGGCUCAAGCCCUCCAUACUGGAGAACGUGCACGACACAUAUGUGGCGAGUGUGGACGCGUCGAGACUGCCGCUGGAUAAUAGAUACGGCAUGAUGGAAGACGAGCUAAUGUAUGGGGUGCUCCCCACCGAAACUGACAAACAGACUCCCUACGAUCCUUCCUACCCCCUAUCGCCCAAUCUGUACCGUCUCCCAUACGGUUCCAAGACCUAUCUCUCCUCUAGAACAUCAGACUAUGGGUAUAGUCCUACCAAAUACUUAAACACAGACGUAUACGGCUCCCGCGACGGAACUCAUGAAGGAUACGCAAGGGAGCACGAAGGAUAUCCAAGGGAUUUCAGGGAUUCGGGAAUAGCGACUAUGCUGAAGAACGAUUAUCAAAGGAAAAUGGAGUAUGGGGAGUACGCGGAUAGGAUGUCUGACGGAUCGGAAAAACACCACCCGCAUGAUAAAUAUCACUUCCCGUAUACUGCUGAGGAGGACCACAUAAACAUGCGCGGCAUCAACCACUCGCCGCAAGUCCCUAGUAGUGAUAGUAACGCAGCUGACGGUCAACAACAAAUGGGAGCGCCCCUAGCGAGCAUGGGGGAAACUAGCGAGAAAUCUACUACUGAAGACGACGCUGAAACAAGAGUAUAAGACUACAUAGUACAAGAUUUCCAAUGAAUCUCAAUUAUUUUAGUAAUUUAUUUGUAUUUUGUACACAUAAUGCAUUAAUUUUAAUAAUAUUAGUUACAAAUAAUUAUUUUAGCUAUCAUUUUUAAAGACUGUCGCAAUAUCCCCACGGACACUGCCAUAGUGUAUGUCUAGCUUAAUUAGUGUCUAUUGUUUAUGGUUAUAAAAAAGUUGCUGCUAAGAAAAUUAUUAACAUUUUUUUUAAGAUCAUCUAAAAACAAUUUUAUUGGAAUUUGAAAAUAUUUAUCGAAUCAAAUUAUAUAAAUUAAAAUUAUAUUAUAAUUAUUAUGUUAAUAUCCAAAGUCAAAUGUGUAAAUAAUUUUAAUGCUAAGUAUUAUAAGUGUAAAGAUAAGCUAUUUUUGUAUAAGACACCAAAAGAUAGAUAAUGUUUAGUAACAGGUUCACCUUAGGCACUUGUAGUAUAAUAAUUAUUAUUGUAUAACAUCGAGCAUCACAACAUACAAUCAAGUCUAUAAUUGUAUUAAAAGUAUUCAAAUAAUAGUUUUCUAUUACUCUUUCUUUGUAUAUAAUUACGUAAAUAGGAGUGUUGUGUGCAUUUUUAACGUUUUACGAAGAGUCCACCUAUUUUGUAAAUACUUAGACUUUUACACAUUGUAGAAAUAAAUUAAAUAGGUAAAUAUUAAAAGCUUUAUUUAUGUAGUAUGAAUAAUUUUGCCAUAGUAGUUGAGUCGGUAGUACCUAUAAUAAGAACAUUAUGUACUCUCUAUUUUAUAAUAUUAUUAGAGAGAGAUAUUAAAAUUAUCAUUGCUUUAGCAUUGAUUUUAAGUAUCUACAAAAAAUUAUAUGUGAGAACUUGGUGAGAACUAAUUUUGAUACUAUUUGGCCUGCUCAAGUAUUCGAAUUCUAUAAUAUUUAUUUGAAUGUGAGAAUAUUCAACGUAUGCUUUUAUUGCGCUGGCAAGAAAUAUUGCUCUUUCGAACUUCUUUUGAAAGUUUUAAACAAUCCUCUAAAAUUGUUAGCAUAAUAAUUACCUACGUACCUACACUAUCUCUCUGAAAUUGUUUUAGAGGUACAAAUACACAUUCCAUUUUUUAUAAAAAUAAAUAUUUUAUUG